GCAUUGACGCAGGACCGUCCCUCUUUGUGAGUCUGGUCUGUCCAUCGACUACAGUUUAAGCUUUGUUUGUAAAGUAGAAACAAAAAGUUUUGAAGUGACUUAAAGAAUUUAAACAACAUGAACGUCUCUACGAAAGAUUUGAGUCCGAGGAUUUCUGAAGUUGCGGAUAUUUUGAGGCGUUUCAGUAUGAACCCAAACAAGGUCCGUGAUUUGUCUAUGUAGAUUAAAUCUGUCUGAAAUGCCAACGGCGGAAGUGUCUCUGGAAUGCAGCACCGAUGUUCUGGUUAGUGUCGCCGAGUCGCUGCAUGUGUAUCCAGGACUGCUGACAGCGGCUGCAGUGUGUGGAGGACUGUCUGGUAUCCUGGCUGCAGCUCUCCUCUAUGUCUUCUGCAUGAAGCCUCUGUUGUUGACCAGACAAGUUUACAACGCAAGGAGGCUGCUGGAACCUGAUGUUGGACAUAUUGACAAUAAUCAAAGUGACUGUGUCAGCAACAGAGAGAAGGAGGCCGCGAGUGGCUCCGCCAAUGACAAGGAAAAGAAGCGUCCUCCUAUGAAUAGUGAUGUGGCUGCAUUUGCUUCUAGAGCCAAGGUGGUUUACCCAAUUAACCAGAAAUACAGGCCUUUAGCAGACGGCGCGUCAAACCCAUCCCUUCAUGAGCAAUCAAAGUUGCCGACGAUGCCUAAUGAGGAGUCGUCCUCAUCCUCCGAUGAAGAGUCUCUCAGUCAGGAUCAGGACAACAAUGACAGCAGUCAGUUCAUCUCCAACAUGGAGCUCCCUAAGAGCCUGCAGAACCAGAGUUUCACCAGAGUCUUCCACUACCCCCACACAUUGACACACUCUGGCUUUGAAGGCAGGAUCAGCCUCUACUGUUUGGCUUUGCAGGAAGUGCAACAGCGCAGCUUUCAGCUUCAGGAUGAAAAGUAUCUGAUUUUUCUGCAGAUGCUUAAAGUUAUAUUCAGCUCUCGGUUUCCAAAAGACAAAAACGACGCAGACUUCGCCAAGGAGACACUUAUGAUGCAAGAAAAGAAACUGAAUGAGUUGAGAAAACCUCUGACGAUGGGCCAAACCACCAAAGAGACAAUCCAGGAUGGUCUCUGUUCCCUGGAGGAGAUUGAGAGAGCUCAGAAAGAUCUCCUUGAACGCAACCUUCAAACGUCUAAAAGUUUCAGCUCCCAACUGGAGGGUUUGUGUCAACUUCUGCUGAGGAGGAGUAGUGGUUUCUCUUCUGAGGAAGCACAUGAUGACAUCCUGUCCAUUGUUCAGACUCUCUUGUCAGUAGAGGAGCAUCUGACGAUGUUACAGGAAGCUGAUCUGAAGAGAACAUUGGAGAGGUUGCUGUGGUGGGAGGAGUUGUCAGGGCUUGUUCAGUCCCAGCCUGCCUUGCUGAGGUGGGAAGUGACUCGGAGAAUGGAUUUGAUCGCCACAAGACUGGAGCAGCUGACGAACGGUGAAAGCUUGAAGCUUAACGCAGCGGAAACGAUUCUCUCUGAGAUUCAGGCCGCUCUGACCGAAGGACUUCAUCGGAGCACUGAGGAAUGUACAAAGAAGACAAGGGAGCUGGUGACUGAAAAGUGCCGCAAAAAGGAGUCCAAGAAGAAGAAGCUUCUGAAGAGUCAGAUGAAUGAGCGGAGUAAAGCUCUGGAGAUGGGACUGACUCGCUGUGACCUGCAGGAGCAAACCUCUAUCUACCAGGAGCUACUGAUGAGACACAGGAAGCAGAUUUCUGAUUUGGAGUUGCACCAGGAUAAUAAAAUUGCAGAGGCCCUCUGCAGCCUUUGGAAGAAACUUCGGGCCCUUUGGUCAAACAGGCUGAGUGAGAUAGCCAGGGACAUCUUUCUGGCCUCUGUUCCCACUCAACUGAACCUCACUGCUGAGCACUGUGACAGCCUAUGGCUGGAAGUGGAGCAGAAGCUUGCUGAUCAGCUGCAGCAGAUAGAGAGCACCACCAGGCAGCAACUGGACGACAUCAGGACUCAACUGGAGAGGGAUCAGCAGGUGUGGAUUGAAGGGAUGGCUCUGGGGCAGUCUUGUCUCAAACAUCUGGGUGAACAGCAGAUGGAAAUCAUUCAAGCUAUGGUGGCCAGACAGAGCUACAAUCUUAGCAGUGACAUAGGGACACUGAUAGAGAAGAAACACAAGCACCUCUCUCUGCUGAUGGAGCGGUCCUUUACUGUCCGGCACUUCAGUCUGCAGAUGCUGAAAGAGAUGAGGCUCUCCAAACUAAAGGUGCUUUCUCAGACUGACUUCAGAGCUCUGCUAGUGGAAGAGCCCAGUAAAACCCAAUCCUGUGUUGAUUCAGCUCUCAAGAACAGCUGGGCCAGCCUCGCAGAGAGGCACCUGGGUCCAGAAAGCAAGCUACUGGAGAACAACCUCCAACAGGAGUUCCUGUCUGAGCUGGAAGCUGCCACGGAGCUUCUUCAGAGCCAUGCACAGCUGGCGUUAGGCAACGCACUCAGCCACGCCAUCCAUCACAAGAUGGAGGCUGUGCCCACACAGUCACAUAGUUCCUCUAAACAUGACGUGACAAUGAAACACCACCUGACUGAGGCUGCAGCAGAGAGUGUCUACUUGACCAAAGAUUCUCUCAGGGCGUUGGUUCACAUCUAUUACUCUGACCUACGAGACAUUUCUAGUAAUCUGCAGCUGGAUCAGUCAAACAUAAACCACGAGAUGAAUAAGAGGAAAGAUGGCAGGAGCCAGCUGAGCAGAGCUUUGCUGAGAGAACUUGUGAACUGGGGCAAGAGACCCGCUUCUGCAGAGUUUCAACAAAGGGUGGAACUGAAUAAAAAAUCGCUCCUUCAGCAAAGUCAUCUGGAUCAGGAGAGGAUUUACGAGGAGCUGAGGAAGAAAAAAGUAGAGCUGGACCAAAGCAUGGACCGGAUUAAAGCCCAGUUAAUGGAGGCAGAAGAAAGCUUCAUUACUGAGCUGGCAGCUAUAGCCCGCGUUUCUGUCCACAGUGCAGACCAGAAGUCCAGCAGCGAGGAGGAUAACUCUGCAGGCGAACAGAGUGCCAAGAUACUUGACCUUCUGGCCCUGAACCCAGCAUUAGAUCCAGCCUUGAAUCCUUCUUUGACUCCACUGUUUGCAACGCCGGUGGUGAAAUCAAAGCCAAAGAAGAAAGAAGAGAAAACAUCUCAUCUCUCUCUAUAAGACAAUUGGAGUACUUUUAUAGUAUU